UCGAAUAAGUAACAGUCGGCAAUAAUAAAUCAAAUAGCUAAACUAUCGCUCGUGUGAAAUGUUUAAUUCGACCGGUGGAUUUUAAUUUUACAUUCAUUUGGCUAUUCUCUACCGCUGUUUCGGUAUUCAUUGCAAUGAAUGGCGGAUUCUCGCGUGUGCGUAUGUAUGUAUGCAUGCAUGCAUGCAUGCAUGCGGAGCAAACAAGCCGAGAAAUAAGGUUUAUCCGUCGACGAUUACCUUCCUCCAUCUAUCCUUUCGACACAAUCGACCCUGACGAUCGCUGGAAUCAAUUCGCAGCAUCUUUAACGUCUAACUGCAGGAUUCGCACGAGUGACGUCCAUGAGCAACGGCGGACAAUCAUCCGCGCGUUCAGUUAAUCAGCGGCCGCGCAUUUUAUCGAUAAACUAUCUCGCGAAACUAUCCAGCGACCUUUCGUUCCGUUCGUUCCUUCGGCCAAAAUCGAGCGCGAUAAUGACGACAACGAUGAUAAACGAUGAUAGACGAAUUGAUCCCGAAUUGAAUCUCUCUCUCUCUCUCUCUCUCUCUCUCUCUCUCUCUCUCUCUUUCCCUCUCGCACGAGUGAAUAACUCCGCGAUGUACCGUCAUGACGCGACGUUCGCUGCGGCGAAGGUGAGCCGCGUGUGGACGAGCGUGUCGUGUGUUUUCUCACACGCAAAAAGAUCCUUCAGAGAGGGUAGGGUCGUAGAGUAGUGGUGGUGGUGAUGGUGGUGGCGGCGGCACGAGGCCGAGAGCUUUUGCCCGGAACGGAAGCAUCGUGAGUGGGAGAUGAAUAUAAGACCAUCGUCCGGGAAUAAUGCUAUCAGUGACUUUGCGCUACAGUCGCUUGCAUACAGUAAACGCGGAACAGCUGAAACGUGGAAGGUAUCAUGCUGAAGACAAUUUCGUUGCUCUGUGCCGCCCUGGCGUGCGGUAACGCGGUUGUUCUCAGCGGCUACAACGGCGGCGGACACGGCCUGUCCUACAGCGACUACAGCGAUCUCGAUGGAUAUCUGGGAGCCGCGGAAUACAAGGUUCUGCCGACGGUCGCGGUCCCGGUGCACGCGGUGUCCGCUUCACCGGUGCACGUCGACGACGCGACUCUGGAUCACGGCCUGCAUGGUUACAAGCACGACACCGAUCACGACCACGAUUACUACUCGCAUCCGAGAUACACCUUUAAUUACGGCGUACACGAUCCCCAUACUGGCGACGUGAAAACGCAACACGAGGUGCGCGACGGCGACGUCGUUCACGGCUCGUAUAGCGUCAACGAGCCCGACGGAAGUGUGCGGAUCGUCGAGUACACGGCCGACGACCACAACGGAUUCAACGCUGUGGUGAAAAAGGUGGGACCGGCGUUGCACCCGAAGCCGGUUCCGGUAGUCAAGUAUAUCUCGCCGGCGUAUUACAACAAUUACGACUACGAGAAGCACUAUUGACUCAACCGUCGUGUAAAUAGAUUCGAAUCGGGCGUCUAAUCGCGCCCUAAAGGGCAUCGGCGUAUGUAAUCUCAAUCAACUCAACUUCGAUCAACGUGUUUACCCGGCAACUAGACGCGAAUAGACAAGAUUAUCGAAACAUCAUGUCGCUCUUGUCGAUACGCUCGCUCAUUUUUACCGCCUGGAUCAAUAAAAACGAGAAUAAUAUCACUUUUCACCAUGUGCCACUAAUGAAACAAGUACAAGCACGAUCUUGCUCUUCUUUAUUUUGUCUCCUGAUGCUCUUUCCGAGAUGCUCGAUUCAACAUUCAACAGAAGCGGCAGCGGUAGCGCGAAUAUUGAUUAUUUUUUUGCAUUACACGGCGCAGUUCAGGUAGUUUUAUCUAUUUAUUAUUUGGUACUCUCUCUCUCUCUCUCUCUCUCCCUCUCUCUCUCUCUCUCUCUG